UCAAAACAAAUUAAUCAAUGUACUGUACUGUAUUUCUGAGGGUCAUGACGCAACAGAUUAAACGUCAUACUGUUGUUUUCUUGUUUCCAAGCGUUAUACGUCACGUGCACUCACGGUACCCAAUCAUUUUAGAUUUUUUUUCUCAUUUAAGUUUGACAGGCAUAAUAUACACCUCGUUUUACGACGAUUAAGAGAAAAAUAUAAACUUUCCUGUCCUGUAGCUUUGUUAAUUAAAUUUAAGUAUUCAUUUGAAAUAUUACUUUUCCAUGUGAUCAGGCAAAGAUGAGUUUUACCUGACAGUCAAAAUAUUGGGCAUAUACACAGACCUCAUAUGAUUGGUUGGCAACCAGCUGGCGGGGCUUUGCAAAGUUCCAGAAAGGCAACACAGUCGUGUUUGCCUCUAAAAUCGUGAUGUUUUCAUAUCGGGAGUGUUUCACGAUCGGUAGCGUAAACUACCGGUAACGAUGUGUACGCGAAAAGCUGCCGUAAAAGUAUUGGAAGGCCCGUGAGUCGCCAUUUGCUUUUAAAUGUAACAUAUUGAUCUGAGCGGGUUCGGCUGUCAUUUUUUUCGCGAGCAAGCUAGCUUGUGGCUAGCGAGCAAUUCUUCAAAGCUUCACGAUGAAAUUUUCACGAGAGAUGAAGCUGCUCCAGAAAGCGAAAAACAAAGCCCAGAACAGCAAGGACUUGAGAGAGGAGGCCACCAUCUGCAAUCAGCUUGGAGACCUGCUAUCAAGAAAUGGUAACUUUGAAGCAGCCAUCAUGGAGCACCGGCAGGAGUUGUCGCUCUCCGAGGUGUUAAACGACACAAUUGGACGAGCUGUGGCCAAUCGUAAGAUUGGAGAGUGCUACGCCGAGCUAGGAAACUUUGAGGCUGCACUGAAACAUCAGCGGUGUCACCUGGACUUGGCCCGCUCUGUCAACAAUCUCGCAGAGGAGCAGCGGGCGCUCGCCACCAUUGGUCGAACUUACAUCUUCCGUUUCGAAUCGGACCAAUCGAGGAAAAGUCUGGAAGAAGCAGAAAAUGCCUUCCGGAAGAGCCUGAGUAUCGUAGAUGACCUUCUCGGGACAAUGCCGGAGCUCGAGAUCAACAAAAUGAAGGCUGGACUUUUCCUCAAUCUCGGUUUGGUUUGCAACCACCUGGGAGAGCCCAAGCGCUGCAGCGAGUUCAUUCGGCGCAGCGUCUUGACCGCAGAGAAGAGCGGGCUGGUGGAGGACCUCUACCGAGCCAACUUCCAUCAGGGCAACAUCUUCUUCCAGAGCGGGCAGUACAGCAACUCCUUGCGCUCCCUCAAGCAGGCCAAAGAAUGCGCCCGGAGAAUGAAGGACAAGUUCAGCGAAAGCGAGUGCUUCCAUUGCAUCGGCAAGGUCCAGCUUUGUUUGGGGGAUUUUGUGACCGCGAGACGAUCCCUUAAAAAAGCUCUGUUGUUGGGUUCCCAGCAGCCACAGGACAGGCAGGCGGUGAAGAAAACAUUUAAAAAUGCCGACCGGGGCUGUAAGAUUGAAGAGGAGUUGGGGGAGGAUCUGACCAGGAAACUGAGCUCCCAUGAGGCUGUGGGGCUGGCAGAAAAACUCGGAGAUAUUGCCUCCAAGGUUGGCUGCUUCCACAAAGCUGUGAACGCAUAUCAAGCUCAGCUGACACUUGCCGAGGCGUUGGGUAAGCCCGCACGCGAGCUGGCGGUCAUCCACGUGUCUCUGGCCACCACCUUCGCUGACCUGGGGCGGCACAGCGAGGCUGUGGGCCACUACAAGCAGGAGCUGACGUUACGGCAGGGCAGGCCGGCCGAGGAAUGUAGCACUUGGCUAAACAUCGCAGCGGCCCAGGAGGAGAGCGGCACUGCCCCCGAGGAGGAGGACAGCAGCUACAGGGCGGCGCUUCACUGCGCUCAGAAGAGUGGCCAGGCAGGAUUACAGAAGCGUGUUUUGAGGUUAUGGUUGGCGGCCCAGAGGCGAAAGGGCUCGUCGGACGCCGACGACACUGAGGUCAAGCUGCUGGAGCUAUGUGCCUCCGAAGCCUUGAGUCCAGAUGGCAGUGAUGGAGAGGAGGAGGUGGAGGAGGAGGAGCUGGAGAACAGUGAAUCUCAGGAUGAAAGUGAUGUCGUCCUCUCAGACUCAGAUGAGGACCUGGAGGGAUAUGACAAGAUGGUGUCUGGAAGGAGGAAACCAGGAGGGUGGAACAAGAGGAAUGUCAAGGGUGAGACGUGCCUGCACAGAGCGUGCAUAGACGGCGACUUGAGGCAAGUCCAGUAUCUGAUCGAACAGGGCCACCCGGUGAACCCUAGAGACUAUACUGGCUGGACUCCCCUGCAUGAGGCCUGCAACUUUGGUCGCUAUGACAUUGCGGCUGUGCUGCUGGACCGAGGCGCCAACAUUAACGAUCAGGGCGGCGAAAUGUGCGAUGGUUUGACUCCUCUGCACGACGCCCUGAACUGCGGCCACUUCCAGGUGGCCAGACUUCUGGUGGAACGAGGGGCCGACGUCAACCUCCGCAAUCAGAAUGGUCAGACUGCUUUAGACACACUCCGUCAGUGGCACAAGAUAUACAAAAAGGAGCUGGACCAGGAGACCAAGCAAGAGUGUGCAGCUACAGAGCAACUGCUUCUGAGGCGGUUGGAUUACAAAGUGCCUUCACACAUCACGGCAACCGCUCCAAAACCUUUUGACGCUCUGCAGGACAGCGAGCUGUUCGACGCCGAAAACUCUGAGCCACUUUUGUCCCCGCAAGCCGGCAGCCAAGACAGGUCCAGGAGCAGCGAUAGGUUGGAGUCAAACGCUUGUCCUAGCCUCAAGAAGCGGCAACCGGGCACUUCAUCGGAGCGACUCCAGGCCAGAGGAACAGAGUCCACUCUUCUUUAUGGGACAAACUUUUCAGAUGACAGCGAUUCCGACAGCCAUGUUAGUCGUCCACGUCCAGCCCGCCAAAGACUAUCUGUCCAACCAGCUCAGAGUCAAAAAGACACAACUCCAAAUAAAGAAGCGGGUUCAGCUGCCAACCCCGGCCGGGAAAGUGGGCAGGAUCCCCCCGCGGCCUGCAUCUUCGCACAGGACGAAUACCGCAGUGCCAUUCGAGGAUUAGGCAGCGCUAAAACGCUCCUACAAAGCCGCUCAGCACAGCCUCACUUCCCCAGCACGUCUGGCCUUUCGUCCAGUAGCAAAUCAGCUCUUGUUCCCGAGGAGGAAUACAUGGAAGACGACUGGCUGGACGAUGAUUUGGGAGAGAGGCAGCCCAAGAAGAAGAGGCGGCUUCAAGAUGAGCAGAACUCUACCGCGAGAGUUCCAAACUCUCAGAUCUUCUACAGGAGUUCUGCGCUUCCGCCAUCCGGCACCAGGGGGCCCUCUUUGAAAAGGAAUAGCUCACUGAAGGCACAUCAGGUGAAAAUGACUCAGAUGCCUGGCAUGAUCCGUUUGGGAAGAAGAGAGGUCAACAGGUCACAUAGCCCCACCCUGACUGAUGACGAUGGGAGGCCAGACACGCCUCUGCCACCUCAACCAAUACACAUGCAGCCUCCAACCCAAACCAUGCCUGCCUCUACCCCCACAUCACUUCCUCCGCCAAUAAGGGUGAGGGUCAGAGUUCGGGAGGACGUCUUCCUAAUCCCAGUCCUGCAAAGCGAGGCCGACUCCUGCACGGUGUCAUGGCUGUGUGACCAGGCGGCACAGCGUUACUACCAGAAGUGCGGCUUGCUGCCUCGCCUGUCACUGCAGAAAGAGGGCGCUCUACUCUCUCCGCACGACCUACUGUUGACCGUCCUGCACACCAAUGAGGAGGUGUUGGCUGAGGUGUUGUCUUGGGACCUCCCCCCACUUCAGGAACGCUACAAGAAGGCAUGCGUCAGCCUGGCAGUGGAGGAGAACAGGCUCGUGACCCAGCUGUGCGCGGUGCAGGAGGGGAGCUCCUCCAUGUUGGUGUGCGGCCUGGGUUUGGCCUCGUCCUCCCUCGCCGCCCUCCUCCGUGCCCUCAAACUGCAGGCCAGCCUCACUGAGCUGCGCUUGUCGGGCAACCGCCUCAACGACAACCUCCUCGCCGACCUGGUCGCCACCGCCGUCACGAUGCCUCGGCUUUCUCUGUUGGACAUUUCGGCCAAUCAGGUCACAGGGGAGGGGCUUGAGAAGGCUGCGAGUACCAUAAAGGGACUCAGCCAUCCUGCAUUUCCCUGUCUGAAGGAGUUGAACCUCAGCCUGAACCUACUCGGUGACAACAUAUCAGAGUCUCUGUCCUCGCUGCUGUCUUCCUGCCCGGUCCUGGCUGAGCUGUCUCUGCAGGGCUGCGGCCUCACGUCGCGCUUCUUGCAGCAGCAUCGUUUGCUGCUCGCCAGUGCCCUGACAGGGACGGGCCACCUCAAGUCAGUGUGUCUUUCCCACAAUGCACUGGGCUCCACUGGAUUUGAGCUAGUGCUGAAAACGCUGCCUCUGCACACGCUCACACACUUGGACCUGGCAGGUGUGCGUAGGGGCACAGCUGAUUAUCUGGCACUGGAGCACCUCACCAACAUCCUGUCGCAGGAUGACUGUUCACUAACCCACCUCAGUUUGGCAUCUAAUGGCUUAACUGAUGGCAGCGCUGCAGCCUUGGCCAGGUGUCUCCCUACAUGUCCCCACCUGGUGAGUUUGGACCUGUCAGGAAACCCGUCAAUCACCUCAGUUGGAUUCCACAACAUCCUCAGCGCCCUCCGGGAAGCAAGUCGGUCCCUGACUGUUCUAAACAUUCAAGGUUGCCAGGUGUCGGGGCCUUUGGACAGCGAGGAUCUGGACACUUUACCAGAGUUGGUUCAAGAGCUGCGUCUUUGCUCUCAGGGCCUCAACAAGCUGGACCGGCAGACUUUAAAGCAGAGCUGGACUAGUAGGAAACCUCACAGCUAUUUUCUAGACCGGAAAGCAGCGUUCUUCCUCUCGACUGGGCCCACUGUGUGAUGUAAACGUUUGUGAAAUGUGCUUACAGACUCGAGACGGUGUCAUAUUAGUUGUUCAACUGCGUGGAACCUGCAGCUGAAUUUUAUUUCUAAAAAUUAAAACUCAACAAAACAACAAAGCAUUUCUUCGAAAACCAGAAACUGCACUCUAGUUAGAACAUUCUAACAGUUUUGUGUAAAUACUUAUUCUGAUUGUAUUUCUUAUUUUUUGGCUUUGUAUUUGUUCUAAAAAUACUAUUAAACAAGCCUAGUUUUAAAGGUC